GAUCCAGGAUGCUCUCGGUGGGAAAGGUCGCGUGCCGACAUCGCGCCCGCGACACGGAGCCCCUCGACAGAUCAGCGCCACAAGACGACGACAGUGACACGGAGGACGAAGAGGACAGCAACGAUCGGUGCGUCACCCUUCUCGGCGGCCUCGUCUCGCUCGUCGUUGCGCUCGCCGCCAUGUACGUGGCACUGCUCACGACGCCGACGCCGCUGCAAGCGGCGAGCCAACAAUCGCGGGUGCUGCAACACCCAGAGACCAUCGAUGCCCAGCUCCUGCGCCAGCGCCUCCUUGAGACAGUCGUGCACACGGCGCUGCCAGCCCACCGCUACGCCGAGCUGCCACUGUCGUUUGUCGAUGUCGGCGGUGUCGUCUACGGCCUUGCGCCACUUAACCCGCAGGCUUUCCUCGACCACUCGGAGACGCUCGCUCCCACCGCCGACGUCCUGGACAUGGAAGCCGCGCUCCGGGCCUUCCACGAGGGCUCGCUCUUGACCUGCGAGUUUCGUCUCGGGUCGUUUGCUACUGCGGGCUACUUGCUUCGAUUUCCGCCCAAUGCGGCGGUGGUGCCGCAGGACCUCGACGACGCGGUUGUCGUCGCCGCCCGCGUCUGCGGCCAAGCCUUUGUCUGGAAGUGGACGCGCCACGCGUGGGCAGCGACCGACGACGCGGUCGUGCAGGAGAUCCUGCCCGCGUUCGCGCAGCUCGCGUCGCUUCGCCUGCGCUACCCCAGCUACAUGCUCUUGGCGCCAUAA